UUCUCCUCUUAACUAUAAGACCAAAACAAAGCGGAGAGAGAAAGAAAGAAAGAAAGAGUCAUGGUUUUUUGCUUUGAUUCUUUUUCUUAUGUAUAGGCCUCUUCAUCGCCAUCAUUAGCGACCCAUCUCUUUUCAUUUGAAUUUUCUCAGUUCCAAUAACCCAUUUUACUCUCUCUUUAAAAAAAAAAAAUUUUAAAAAAAUUGUUAAACAAUGAAAUAAAGAAUUAGGGGAGUUCUCGUUUUAUGGGUCGGAUCUCUUUGUUGUACUUGAAACAAAGAACUGUCACAUCUCAACUCUUGAUUCUUGUCUGAUCAUCUCCAUUGAAACAAAAGCAAGCAAAAUGUGAUCUGUUUUUUCUCUGCUUCUGGAUCUGUAAAUCUGUUUCUUAUGCUUUGCUUUACUUCUUCAACAUUGGAAGGUGUCUUCUUGGUCACAGUAAAGAAGCAAUCAUGAAAAAUGCAGUAUUUUCUAAGGUUUUGAGUUUGUUUGCAAGUUUUGCAACAAAAGGUUCUCAUGUUGGAAGUCGUCACAUAAGAACACAUAUGAAGCAUGAUAGUUUCGCUGAAACAGAGGAAGAGUCUGCUGACAUGCCCAUAAACAGACUUAUUUCCACCGCUAAUCCCAGAAACAUAAAGAGAUUUGUCGUGUCCGAUGCUGGUGGCCAAUCUGCAGCUUAUGGUUUAAGGGAAAACCCCAAGAAAACCAAGAGGUUUUCGGAUUCAGGCAAUGGUUCUUCACUCAAAGAGAUGCUGGUGUGUAAAGAAUGUGGUAAGGGCUUUCGAUCAUUGAAAGCUCUUUGUGGUCACAUGUCUUGUCAUUCAGAUAAUGGUGAAAAACAAAAGGUGAUAAUGGAUAGUCAGUCGGAUACUGAGACAUCAGCUCCAAGUAAAAGGAGAUCCAGAAGGGGUACACCUAAGACAAUCGGUGUUUACCGUAAUAAUAAUUCAGAGAAUCUGGGGAAUGGUUCUUCGUCUGUAUCAGAGAUAGUGCAAGAACAAGAAGAGGUGGCAAUGUGUUUGAUGAUGUUGUCAAGGGAUUCUGGUUGUAGAAAACGAAUGAAUUCAGCUGCUGACUCUUCAGAUAACAACUCUGUUGUGUUGGAAGACAAAUCAUCGUCUAUUGAUGUGACGAUUACUAUUAAGAACGACAUGAACAGGGGUGGGCUUUUGAAGAUGACAAAGCAAAGAGACAACAAGUUGAAGAAAUCUCCUGAAUCUGAUCCUUCUUCUGAGAAUUCUGAUUCUGGGUAUUUUAGAAAUGGACCAAAGAAGGUGGAAUCAGAUGAUUCUGUCGAUGGGUUUCUCAAGAACAAUGAGUUUAAGAAGCCUAAUAUAGAAUCUGGAUCUGGGUUCAGAGACAGGGAUGCAACUUAUAGCAAGUGUUUGAGUAAAUUCAAAAGUGUGAAAACUGGAUCUCCAAAGUAUGAUUUAAGAAAAAAUGGGAAGAAUGAUUAUUACAGUCCUCAAAAGGGAAGCAAAUAUGAAUGUUUAACCUGUAACAAGACCUUUGACUCCCAUAGGGCUCUUGGAGGGCAUAGAGCAAGCCAUACAAAGGUGAAUGGGUACAAUGAGUCAAUACAGGAGAGUUAUGAAGCAAAUGAUUCUUUUACGGCUCCAAUGACUGAUACCAAAGUUACCAAGGCUUCUUCAAAUGGUAAAAGGCUUGGUGUUCCUCGUGGUUCAUCUUACAAUGCUGAGAAAAGAUUGGGUUCAAAGAAAAACAAGGGCCAUGAGUGCCCAUUUUGCUUCAGAGUUUUCAAGUCAGGCCAAGCUUUAGGAGGUCAUAAAAGGUCCCAUUUUGUUGGAGGUUCAGAUGACAGAACAUUGGUGAUCAAACAAGACUCAUCAGAUAUGCCAGCUCUAAUUGAUCUUAACCUUCCAGCUCCUGUUGAGGAAGAUGCAUUUGGUAAUGCUGCUGGGUUCAUGCCUUAGUAGACUGGAAGCACUAGAAGCAUGACUCGGCUCACGGCCUGACUGAUGGUUCUAGAGACUCAUCCCGUUUGCUAACUGCCCGUGGCACUAGCAAAGCUGGGUUUGAUCUUCAAACUGAACAAACUUUUGGGCAUAGUUUCCUCAUGAUGCAAGAGAUUCUAGAGUGUAUAGACAAGUCAAUUUACCCCCCUUUUUUGUGUUUCCCCUUUUUGCUAAGGUAAAUCUUUCCCUAUAUGUUGCUUUUGAACUAUGAAAAACAUGUUCUCUUGCAUUUAAAACUAGCUUUCUUUUGAUGUUAUCUAUGUCUAUUUGUUCUUGAGACAUUAUCAACUAUGUUUCCUCUUCAAGUGCACUCCAUUUUCCAUAUCAAAAGUACAAUUUUCAGCUUUGGGUUGCUUCAAAUCAGUCCAACAGUGAAGCAAAUUGAAGGGGCAACAGCCUCUGUUCUUCAACUUAUGUGUCUCUUGCCAUCUGCUUUAUGGGGGAAAAACAAUAAAGAAAGUGCCAUGUCAAUGGAGUGGAAGAGAAGUUUACUGCCCCCAAGAACUUCCCCUUUACAUUUAAUUGCUAGGCACUCAUUUAUUUAUAUCUAUCAAGAAAUCCAAGAUGUCAUUUCAAUGGUGUGGAAGACAAGUCCCUUUGGUCUUUGUUCCAAUAGCCUUUAAAACCUACUCUUGGGAAAUGUCAUUACAUCUUCUUUAAUGCUUUUUCUUUUCUUUAUUGCAAAGGAAAUGAUAAUUACUUAUGUAAUGUGACAACAAAUGUGGAAUUCAAAUUAAAAAAAGUAUGGUGAAGGACAGCUUACCUCACUUUGAGCAAUGAAAAUGUUCCUUGUUAAGCUGUUGAAACAA